AUGUCAAAAAAAGAGAAAAUAAAUAGAUAAUUAGAAUUUAUUAUGAAAGGAUUAGAGAAGGAUUUAGAUGUAUUAAUAGAUUAUUGUAAUUAUUUAGUCAGCUUUUGAUAAAAUCAAUAAUCUAAUUGAUUCAGUAUUCAUUAUCGAUUCGCUAAUUUAUAACUUUAGCAAUCCAAGGCUGGAAUUAGCUUAGAUAAAAGUUGAUUAAUUCCAUUUAAUUGGAUAAUCCAAGUUUUAAUACAAUAUUCUGUAAGAAGUAAAACCAUAAACUAGCUUAAAAAUCUAAGAAUAACUUCAAUUCAAACUCUAAUCAGAUUCGCGUUAUUCAGAUUCAUUUAUAUCAUCACAAAUAACUGAUCUAUAAGAAGUGAAUCAAAUUUGAUCUCCAAAAACUUCAUCCAAUUUAAAAAAAAUAUACUUAUUAAAGAGUAACAAAUUUGUUUUGCGAUAACAAUUAAUAAGAAUUGCUCAAAGGUGGCAGUUGGUUAGGAAGAAUAAAUAAAAAUAUAUGAAUUCAAAUAAGGAAUGGUGAAAUAAACUGAAGUCUUAAAUGAACAUACGGGUUAUGUAUAUACCUUAAACUUCAUAGAAAAUCAAAUUAGUUGA